AUGGCUAAACAAUGUGAAAGAUCCUCCCAUCAGACAGUCAUGCUGCGUCUUCUGCUGUUCAUCGUCAUCAUAGCUGUGUUCGCCGCGGAGGCUCACGGGAAACCGAGCGGGACUUCGGUACAGGGUACUAAAGCACAAGGUGUCCGCAAAGAACCAGACGGAGGCAUGACUACGGAAAGGACGCCCCACCAAACCCCGGAGCCGCGCUCCCAAACCACCGCCGAGCCCACCGCGGCAGCCGCUCGGGCCCUGCCGCCAGCCUUCUCCGGGGGAACAGUGCCGGGGCUCCGUCGGGGCAUGAGAGGCGCCCCGUCCCUCGUGCUGUACCAGCGGACCGUCAGGAGGGCCAAGUCCUACAACAAGAAGCUGUGGCGGAAGAUGCUGAGCAUGCGCCGCAUGGCCAACCUGAGCUACCUGGCCUUCCCGAUCUCUCUGAUGAUGGAACCGCAGCGCGGCUGAAAUGG